AUGACAGACCCAUCGAAGUAUAAGUUUCAUCAUACGAUGCUUCGGGUGAAAGACCCGAAAAGAUCUCUCGAAUUCUACAGUUUCCUUGGUCUCACCCAAAUCAACCGACUCAAUUUUGAGGAUGCCAGAUUCUCGCUCUAUUUUCUCGCAUACGAUAGCCCCAAGGCACUGAACACCGGCAAGCACUGGACUGAUAGGAACGGAGUCCUCGAACUGACUCACAACUACGGCACAGAGAAUGAUGAUAACUUCUCUGUUGUGAACGGCAACACGGAACCGUAUCGCGGGUUCGGUCACAUUGCUGUCUCGGUGGAGAAUAUCGAGCUAGCAUGCAAGAGACUUGAGGACGCCGGGUAUCCGUUCCAAAAGAAACUAACUGACGGCCGGAUGAAGCAUAUCGCGUUUGUCAAAGACCCCGAUGGGUACUGGGUUGAACUUAUCCGCCGCGGGGAUGUAGAUGAAGCCGUGGCCGAGUCGGACCCCCAGUCGUACCGAGGUCAUGGGUAUGACGCUGCUAAGGACAUCUGA